GUCGAACGGGCUUUUGGAGUAUUGCAAUCGAGGUUUGCAAUUGUUAAAAACCCAGCUCUACUAUGGGACAAGGAAAAGAUAGGAAAGAUAAUGAAAACUUGUGUCAUAUUGCACAAUAUGAUAGUAGAGAACGAACGACACGGAUACGCUCAAAUUAAUACAUCUGAGUUCGAGUCAGGAGAGUCAAGCAGAAGUUCUAGGGUGACAAGGAGAGAUAUUAUUCAUGUCAGUGAUAUGUUAGCCAUGCGCAGAGAAGUUCGAGAUCCAGACAAGCAUGCUCGUUUGAAAGCUGAUUUAAUGGAAAAUAUUUGGCAAAAGUUAGGUGAUGAAGAUGAAUACGCUUUGUAUGUUCUUCAAUUUCUCGAUUUAUGUAAUCUACUCUUAAUGUAUUGAAUAAAAAGUUUUCAAAUAUUGUAUAAUAUAUUUUAAUAUUUUAUUCAUGUAUUCUGAAUAUUUUGAAUUUUUUUAAAAAUAAAAUAAAUAUUAUUAUUUUAUUCUUAUGAACUCCUUCUUGAGGUUCACCAAUGCAGAAAACAACAAAUACAGAUUCAUAACUAUCUAUGGACCCACCAAAAAAUAUUAAAAAAUCUUUGUGAAUCCCAAAAAAGGGUUCUCAUGCUCUAACUGUUCAAAUCAACAUACACAUUCCAAAAACAAAAAAAAAUUAAUAAAAAAAAUUGUUUCAAAUAGUAACCAUUGGUCUGGUAUUCAGUUGAGCCAAACACGAAUGUAAUUAUUUUAUUUGAAGAAAAGCCAUUUUUCUUUCUGACCCUUCCAAAGUCCAAACGAUCUUUACUGUUCUAGAGAAACCCUUGAUCCUAUCGAACCUUUUCACGCACAACCUACUUGUUCAAGUUUUAUAUUCAUCGUUAUUAUUUAUUAGCUUAAUUUCUUUUUAAAAUUGCACUUACACUUAAACUCAUAAUAUUUGAAGCAAAAUUAGAUCAUUGUCAACUACUACAUGGUGGUCUAGUGGUAAGCGGCUCUAUUACGUUUUACAUUAUGGUCACGCGGAUAUGAAACCAUGCUUUAGAAUUCAUUUGAAUACAUAUAAUGAGAAUCAAUCCGUAAGACACACCACCUUUAUGGGAAUUAGUCUGCAUCUCUUUAUGGAUAUGAAGUAUGAAAUAUCCAAAAGUUUUUAAAAAAGAAAUAGGUCAUUGUCUUUCUUUUUUUUUUUGGAACACAAAAUAGGUCAUUGAGGUGUAAAAUUCUAGAUCUCAUUCUUAAUUGCAUAUAAGAUCGAGCGAGAGACUUACCACUUCUUUUACUCCCAUUGCAAAGUCAAAGCAUUAUUAGUUUAUUAGAUGAAUUGUUAUUAGUAGCAACUUCCCUAUAUAAACAACACAAAGCCAUAUGUUCCAACAUAUGUUAAUCUCUAUCGAAAUUCUCUUACAUUUAUUGUUAUCGAUAGAAGUUAUGAUGGGAGCAAUGUCUCAAUCGCUUUUCAAUCUCAAAAGUUUAUCUUGCUCUCUCAAUAACAUAAUUGUAAUGAGAGGAUACAUUUUGAUCAAAAAGGCUACUCAAAGGGCAUAUGCAAUAGGAAACAGCAGAGAAAAGCCAUCAUGGACAGCAGACUGUGAAACCGGAUACUACAUACCUGAAACCAUAACAAAAGAGUUAGAUUCAUACGUUGUGACAACCUCUAAUGCUGAAGUUAAAAUGAGGAGAGGUGAAGAGUUAUGGUGGAUGCCAGAUCCACAAACCGGGUUCUAUCGUCCUGAUACUUUUGCGAGAGAGCUCGAUGCCGUUGAGCUACGGUCAAUGCAUUCCAACCACCGAGAGUAAAAAGAUCUUGUGAGCCAAAUGAUCUCUACCUUUGUGUUUUCUUUCUCAUUCUAGUUCAUCAAUUUGACGUGUGAACUAAUAAGUAUUGGCAAAUAA